AUGGAGCCUUUUUAUUCACCCUCCAAGAUAGACAUCGGAGAGUGCGGCUCGCUCAAUGCUGCUGGAAACGAGCAGGUCUUGGGGCUUGUCGAGCUUGAGAGACAAGCAAAAUGUUGGCACCCAAAGGAUGCGUUUGCAGGAAGUAUAGAAAAACGCCAAACGCAUCUCCCCAUGCAUGAUUUUUUUUCAUUGUCAAGCUGCAUUUCUGUCCCGUUUCCGCAAACGCUAGCUAGCCGAGACCCUAAUCAAACAAAUGAUCUGCGUCCAGCACAAAAACGGAAACAUCCCAGAUUUCUGGCUGUAUGUAACACAUCUUCAAGCCUCGGCGCGCUUGCGAGCCCACAAUCCGGGCUUCACCAACCAGUGUAG